AUGGGGCUCUUCUCGCGUCAAAGUUGUGAUGUGCUAUCCGCGCUUUCCCUGGCACCCUCCCGAAAAUGCUUGAGUCGGUUGGAAGACUUUCUAAAAUUCUUUUGGCCAACUCAAGAGAUAAAAGAACAGCCGUUUCACCGCUUUGCGAAGAAUUGUGCUUUCCUCCUGCUUGACUGCCGCCGAUUCCACCACCAGGAGGCCCUCGUUCCAGUGCUUACGGCUAGGCAAAGAAAGCACAAGGACAGCAAAAAGAGCAGUGAUCAAUACUUUCUUGCCUGCUCUUUCACAAUGAAGGCCAUGGAGGAUCAAGUAGUCCAAGAAGAACCAGGAUACCAGGAUGAUGAGGAAUCCUUUUUUCAGGAUAUUGACCUUCUACAGAAGCAUGGAAUUAACGUAGCAGAUAUCAAAAAGCUGAAGUCAGUUGGGAUCUGCACAAUCAAAGGAAUCCAGAUGACCACGAGACGGGCGCUGUGCAAUGUAAAAGGGCUUUCAGAGGCCAAAGUGGACAAGAUUAAAGAAGCUGCAAACAAGCUUAUUGAGCCAGGCUUCCUGACUGCCUUUGAGUACAGUGAAAAACGGAAGAUGGUAUUUCAUAUUUCUACUGGCAGCCAGGAAUUCGAUAAACUUCUGGGUGGUGGGAUUGAAAGCAUGGCAAUCACUGAGGCCUUUGGAGAGUUUCGGACAGGCAAAACCCAGCUAUCUCACACUCUUUGUGUAACAGCUCAGCUCCCGGGACCAAAUGGCUACACAGGUGGAAAGAUUAUCUUCAUUGAUACUGAAAACACUUUCCGACCAGACCGUCUCCGUGACAUUGCCGAUCGCUUCAGCGUUGACCACGAGGCAGUACUUGACAAUGUGCUGUAUGCACGUGCAUAUACUAGUGAACAUCAGAUGGAAUUGCUUGACUAUGUAGCAGCCAAGUUCCAUGAGGAAGCUGGUAUCUUCAAGCUAUUGAUCAUUGACUCCAUAAUGGCACUUUUCCGUGUGGAUUUCAGCGGUCGUGGAGAGUUGGCUGAACGACAACAGAAACUAGCUCAGAUGCUGUCAAGGCUCCAAAAAAUAUCAGAAGAAUAUAACGUGGCCGUGUUUGUGACCAACCAGAUGACUGCUGACCCAGGAGCAACUAUGACCUUUCAGGCAGACCCAAAAAAGCCCAUUGGGGGCCACAUCCUUGCUCAUGCUUCGACUACCAGGAUCAGUUUGAGGAAAGGGAGAGGGGAGCUGCGUAUUGCAAAGAUAUAUGACAGCCCUGAGAUGCCUGAAAAUGAAGCUACAUUUGCAAUAACCACGGGAGGGAUUGGGGAUGCCAAAGAAUAGGUAAAAAACAAUGUAAAUGUACUGCUGGGCAAGUUGGGAUGAAGAUUUGUGCAUGGCCACAACUGCCUGGCUUCACUUCUAGCUUUUGAGAACUAUUUGAGAUAUUUUGGGAGAACACUGGGAUGAACUCUGUACAGUUCAGUUUUACUGAAUUUGGUUCAUUUAAGGUCUUUGUUUUUCAACUGAACUUUCAGCAGACAAUGAUUCAAGAAAUAAGCUUGUGAAUUGUUCUCAGAAUCCUUUUCCUAUGUUUUGUGAAAAUCAAAGCUGUUCUUUCACAUGAGAUUAAAUAUACUCUUUCUUAGUUUAUUUCAAAGAGAAUGUCUAAGUCAUAGAAUUUAAUGGAGUGAAAUGAAGAAGAAUUGGAAUAAACUCAGUUAUGAAAUUACCAUAAAUAGGUGGAAAAGGCAGUGGGAGGAGCAACAGCCCAAGAACUUGAUGGAUUCUCAUGUACUGCAGAAGAACAAGUAAUUUUAAAAAUAUGUUUUUAGGCAUUUUUAUCUUGACUAUUUUUAUCUUGAUAAUGCUUACAUUUUUAUUUAGCAGUUUUUACUUUUUGAAGAGAAUGUUUUAAAACUGUUCUUAUUAAAGUUAAAAAUAAAGACUGAAUUAGAACAGAGGUCUGAUUAUGUUUGGGUGCUUUGAAUUAAACCCUUCUCUCAAUAAUUCUGUUGAUCUUUCAUGAGAGAAAUAAUCCGGGUGCAACCCAACAUUUUAAACCUAUUGUCUAGUUCUCUAACGGGACAAACUUUACAUAAUUGGCUUGUCAUUCUUCUAACAGAAGUAAGAAUACCAAAGAUUACUAAUAAUUAUUGUUAUCAUCAUCAUUAUUAAAAGGAAUAAAACAAUCCCAGUGGCUACAUAGGAGAGAGAGGCACUGGCACUGUCGCUUACACUGAGGGAAAGGCAUUUAGGAUUCAGUUUGCUGAGGGAGCACAGCUCAAAACUAGCCAGAGGUGUGGGUCAUGGGGUACAAAAGAAGAAGCUGGGAAUAAC